GGUGAUGUAAGCCAAUACGCUUACUGUUAAACUGAAGUGGAUUCCUAUAACAGUGCCAAUCAUUGUGUUUUUUAUGCGGCAUGAAAUGAACAUCCCAUAUUACGAAGAAUUUGGUGUUUUAUUGGAUGUUAAGUCAGUAAAACGGCAGUGAUGCGCCAUCAGUCAGUUCCCCAGUUGGGUUUUCUUCACAUUGUUGCCUGUCGAUAACACAAAUGCACUUUCACCUUGAUCUUGCACCGGCUUGGACUGGAAACCUUUCAUACAUUCUCACUGCUGUCACGCUGGACGCCCUCGUCAUACAGAAGUAGGUCACGCAUGUCAAACUUGAAGCAAGGACGAAAUGUACAUGCAAUGGACACCACAUAAUCAGGUGACUAACUGAAUGUCCUGCGGCGGUGACUGCAGCAGCUUCAUGUGCGGUGAUGGGCGACGACAUAGCCCAGGCUUCAAGGAGGCGCAAACUACACUCGAGAAACCUAACUUCACUUGUUUGUAGACCAAGGAAAUGGAGACAAAACUCCCAUAUCUUCUGCUGAUGUUACUAAUGAGACACUCGUGGUCUCUGGAAACUAUGGUCUUGAUGCAAGUGCAUGAAGAUGACUUCAGAGUACAAGAUCACUGGGAAGCAGUGCUGCACUGCGCCGUUACUCAUCACGUCAGACAGGAAACAUGUUCCAAAAUAUGGUGGUCGCACGAGUCUGACCGCCACCUCACCCCGCCACACGAUGACCCAACCUACAGAGUGACCUCGGAACUAAACAACAAUAAAUCACAUCUCAAGAUUUUGUCUUUUAGUGACACGGUCAAAGGAAUUUACACAUGCAAAGCUAAAUGUGGGAACAGCACAUAUGGCAUCCGCUGCCUGAUUGAAGGAGUCCCACACAAAAAUCGCAGUUCUUUGUGUUCCGAAAAGAAAUUCAGCGCAAAUAACAUCGCUGCUUCAACGGCUGACUCGGACGAGGAGAGUCACACUGGAGUGUAUUUCGUCACAGCUAUCGGGGCCAUAGUCUCCUGUGCCGUGGUCAUCACGGGGCUACUACGGUGGCUUCACAAGCGUCACCAGACCCAGAAACACUACCGACAGAUUGUUCAGAACAUGUCUCGACUACCCAGCCAGGCUGCGUCCACGCCAGGCCAUGAAAGACGUGACUUCCCGGUUCGGAACGUCGUUCUGCCCCCAAUGCCCCAAUCAAUAUUUGGACACAUGCCCAGUCAGGUUUUAUACCAGCACUUGUCGGAUGGGUCACAGAUUGUAUUCAUACCUGCAUCAAAACUUCCGAGUUAUGAAGAAUCACUUUCACUUCAGACAGGACCAUCACCAAGCCCUGGAGGUGUUGCCUCAGUAUUCGAAACCUCCACAUCACGUGUUCAUCCUAAGUGCGAGUCAAGUGAAACAUCUAGAGGGAGGAUGUCUGGAAGUGAGGCUUCAGCUGCAAGUCUGCCUCCUAGCUAUACGAGUACAUUUGAGGGUCUGAGAGAUCAAGAGACAAACAGUGACCUCGAUAUAUCUUCGGAUCAGGAUGAAGAGAAUCAGGAACCAGAUCAGCCAACAUCAGCACCUAUUGGAGUGCACAUGACCCAUUCGCCACUAUUACAACCCCUGCACAUGAGGACUUGAAUCCCCAAACGAAUGGCUUGCCGCAAAGGCAAGACUCUCACCAUCACUGGAUUAUUUGCACAUUAAUUAAAGUUUGAACAAUAUCUUUAAAGAAAAAUAAAGGCAGAGGUUGACUAAAGUAUAUGUGCAACUGAAUUUACGUUUGUAUUUACCGGAGUUGUCUAUACAUGACAUGACGAAAUAUAUACUAGUAGGUUAUAUGUCGGUGUAUGCAAUAAUCUGGAUUUAUAUGUUUAUCAUAGUAA